ACAAGAGUUAUCUCCCACAACGUUUCCCACUUAUUUUAUUGUUUCGCUGCUGUGUUUUGAAGUUCGUAAUUUAAAAGGUUAGUUUGGUUUUAAAAUAAGUUGUUUUAUUUCAAUGGCAUUCAUUAAACUUUUAAGCAUCUCUAAACAUUAUCUACCUAUGGGUCAUAGCCUGACGGGAACUGUAAGAGUGAUAAUUAAAUUAAAAAUAACUGCUAGAAACAAAGUAUGCACACAUUUUAUUUUCAGAAAUCAAGAGAAAAAGUAAAAAUCGCUUCCGGAAAUGAGGACGUUGACACUGGUCGCCAUUUUGAUGGCACAAUUCACAGGAAGUUGCUCUGUGACGUCACGCAUUAUCCCACCAACCAGAAUAGAGGGAGAUGAGGCAGCGGUUAUAUUUAUACCAGGGGCGAAUAUCAAAGGGGAGGCUUACUUAGAUACAGGUAAUUAAGGGGUGGGUGGGGGUGGUGGUGUGUUGUGAAUAUCAAGGGGGAGGCUUACUUAGAUACAGGUAAUUAAGGGGUGGGUGGGGGUGAGGGUGUGUUGUGAAUAUCAAUUUAACAUUGAUAACAAAAAAAAAAAAAAAAAACCAUUUCUAAUAACCCUAGUUAAUUGUUCUUUUUGUGGACUGUGUAAUAAAACUAAUCCACUUUGCAGCUGUCGCCAUACAGAAGGCCAGCCAGCUUCGCCUAUGGGUGGCCCUAACCGGGAAUUACUCACUGAAUACGCCCAAUCCUAUAGAGCUGCCCACUGCUGUUGUGGACGCCAUAUCAGCUUUACAGAAGGCUGGUAUGAAGGGAGGCAACUACACUGGUAUAGCGCACAGUCUUGGGGGUGAGUCACUGGAAAAUACAAUUCUGACAAUAAGCAGUACCGGAAACUGUAGGGUGGUGGGGGUGGGACAUUCAAUAAUAUGCCAAACCGUGGCCCACCCGCCCAAAAAUAUAAAAAAAGUAAUUAAAUGAUUAAAUGUACGUGUGGGUCUUUUCAGAGAAAAAAAAAGUUGGCCGGGGUUGGGUUGGGGGGUGGGGAUGGUUCUUGUGCCAUCGGUAAAGUUUGUGGUGUAGUCCAAAAGCAUCAGUCUUAGAAUUGGUCACUCACUGCCUGUUCUUAGUAAAACGGUAUCCCAUUAAUGGGGGUCCAACGAACGAUACGUGGGCCACCACUAUGCCUGAAGUUUGCACAUACACGUGGGCCACCACUAUGCCUGAAGUCUGCACAUACACGUGGGCCACCACCAUGCCUGAAGUCUGCACAUACACGUGGGCCACCACUAUGCCUGAAGUCUGCACAUACACGUGGGCCACCACUAUGCCUGAAGUCUGCACAUACACGUGGGCCACCACUAUGCCUGAAGUCUGCACAUACAUCAUACAAUCGUAUACAGGAACAAUCCAAUUUACCAGCCAACAAAUCCUACUCCAGCCCAAAAGUUUAUCUUAGUGGGAACACUGCCGUGGGAUAAGCGUCUCCGUGGCAGAAAGAAGAAUUUAAACAGAUCAGCGUAUCAUCAAACGCCCCCUUUUUCAGGCGUGUUCCUGGCGCCCUCGGCCGCCACGUUACAGUUAAAGGCGGUCAUCCUCCUCGGCUCUUACUUGUCCAGGAGUAAAGCUCUGAGUGCCUACCCCUUACCGCUCCUGACACUGUCCGGUGAGCUAGAUGGUCAAGCUCGGAUCUCAAGGAUCGCUCUGGAAUAUGAGUAAGUCUUUGUAUGCAACUGCUAAGGAUAUGAGUCAGUCUUGGUAUGCAACUGAUGAGCAUAUGUGUAAAUCUUGGUAUGCAACUGAUGACAAUGUGUGUAAGUCUUGGUAGGCAACUGAUGACAAUAUGUGUAAGUCUUGGUAAACAGCUGCUAACAAUAUGUGUACGUCUUGGUAUGCAGCUGAUGAGAAAAGGGCAGUCACGGUAUUCAUACAAAGCUGGUACCCGGAGUCAGAAGAUAUUAGGACGAUAACUAUAUUUGUACAGAGGUGGUCCCUGAAGAAAUUAGGGCAAUAACUAUAUUUGUACAGAGGUGGUCCCUGAAGAUAUUAGGGCAAUAACUAUAUUUGUACAGAGGUGGUCCCUGAAGAAAUUAGGACAAUAACUAUAUUUGUACAGAGGUGGUCCCUGAAGAAAUUAGGGCAAUAACUAUAUUUGUACAGAGGUGGUCCCUGAAGAAAUUAAAGCAAUAACUAUAUUUGUACAGAGGUGGUCCCUGAAGAUAUUAGGGCAAUAACUAUAUUUGUACAGAGGUGGUCCCUGAAGAAAUUAGGGCAAUAACUAUAUUUGUACAGAGGUGGUCCCUGAAGAAAUUAGGGCAAUAACUAUAUUUGUACAGAGGUGGUCCCUGAAGAAAUUAGGGCAAUAACUAUAUUUGUACAGAGGUGGUCCCUGAAGAUAUUAGGGCAAUAACUAUAUUUGUACAGAGGUGGGCCCUGAAGAAAUUAGGGCAAUAACUAUAUUUGUACAGAGGUGGUCCCUGAAAAAAUUAGGGCAAUAACUAUAUUUGUACAGAGGUGGUCCCUGAAGAUAUUAGGGCAAUAACUAUAUUUGUACAGAGGUGGUCCCUGAAGAUAUUGGGGCAAUAACUAUAUUUGUACAGAGGUGGUCCCUGAAGAAAUUAGGACAAUAACUAUAUUUGUACAGAGGUGGUCCCUGAAGAUAUUAGGGCAAUAACUAUAUUUGUACAGAGGUGGUCCCUGAAGAUAUUAGGGCAAUAACUAUAUUUGUACAGAGGUGGUCCCUGAAGAAAUUAGGACAAUAACUAUAUUUAUACAGGGGUGGGCCCUCAAAAAUGUAGUGAACAUAGACUAAAUGUUAGCAAAUAUUGUGGACGUUAGGUGAACAAGAAAGGUUAGGGUAAAAAUGUACGAAUUAUAUAAAUAUUGUAAAUAAUGAUUAUGUUAUGUGAUAUUUUUAUGAAUCUCUACAUCGAUUAAAUUGUUCAUGAACUUUAUACAGACUACGGCUUUCAAUUUAUUGUUUUUUUUUUUAAAUGAAUUUAUUGGACAUACAAACUUAGAUAUUAUUUUUUUUAAACACGUUGAAUUGUGACAAAUUGUCUCUCUAGACAGCUUCAAAACGAGGUCAAAAGGUCACCGGAAGCCGUGUAUCGAAUCCCCGUCAUCAAUAUACCAGGAGUGAGUCAUGCGCAGUUCGCGUCCGGUCCCAUGCCACCAGCUGUGACCAAGUACGACUUGAAACCGGAGGUGUCCGAGGACGUGGCGCAUGCGUUGAUAGGGGCACACGUGAGCAACUUCCUGACCGUGACCUUCAACAGCCCCACAGCAGCAGCUGUCCGUGACGCCAAGGCGGCGCUCGACAAAAGCUUCACCGAUUCGGGCACAAGGUUUCAGGUAAGGAGUUAACCCAUGAUCUACUUAAUCAGGGGCGGAGACCUACUUAAUCAGGGGCGGAGACCUACUUAAUCAGGGGCGGAGACCUAAUUAAUCAGGGGCAGAGACAUACUUAUUCAGGGGCGGAGUAAGGAAGUUGUGGUCCUUCGAGAUGACCAAACUCAGGGGCAUUAAGCCAGCUAGGGGUGGACACGUCCAUAAAUAACGGUGGUUUAUAACGGCUUGUCAGAGCACGUCUUGUCUCCCUUGGCCUGGACACAUGAACCUCUUGGCCUGGACACAUGAACCACUUGGCAUGGACACACGGACCACUUGGCCUGGACACACGGACGACUUUGCCUGGACACAUGGACUACUUGGCCUGGACACACGAACCACUUGGUCUGGACACAUGAAACACUUGGCCUGGACGCAUGACCCACUUGGCCUGGACACACGAGCCAUUUAAUAUUCCGAAAAUAACAUACUUUGAAGCAAGCGGUACCCUUGACCAUGUGGAUCAACGAACAAUUGCAAUUAUUUGUCACACUAAUUAUCCCGUUAUGUUAUUAUCGUUAUGCAAGGAUAAAUUAAGAGAACACGCCGGAGUUUAUUUCUCACUGUGAUUUAAAAAAAAAAAGAAAGAGGCCCAGUAAAGACAACUGCUAUAUAUCAUAACACAUCGGUCCUAUACAUAUUCAGCUACGCAUAUUAGCCAUCUGACAAUUGUACCUUAUUUAUUACAAACAUAAUUCCCAGCCACUACUCAACAUAAAAGGACUGGACUCGGACGGCCAGUCGUCCCCCUGGGCUGUUUCAUCGCAGGAGUUCAUUGCUGGGGAUUUGGUGGAGAGAACCAAGGUAAGGGACGUAAUUCUGAAUUUUAGUUUUUCGAUGUAGUCAGGAGCAGUAGCAGUUCUUAUGUAUGAUUAGAAGAGCAGCCUAGAGUAAUUUUUGAAUAUUUUUUAAAAUUAAUUAAAACCCUAUGUAUGUGAAUAUUAGUUUUUUUUUCAAAAGGUCAGAGAAUAUCUCACAUGAAUUAUGAAUGUAUUGUAUGCUCAUACAUUCAUCACAGACAGAAAACAAAAUUGAUUCAGAAGCGGUGUUCCUAUCCUCCAAACCAUCCCUGGUGAGAUCUGGGAAUGACGUCACAAUCAAGACAACGACAUUCCUGAAGUACGAGACAAACACUCUAGACAUCUCCACCAUACCGGAGAGUCCCAAGGAGGUAGACAUCAAAUUCAAAUCUUACGAGGCCAUCCAGGAGGCCCUGGGGCUGGGCCCUCAGAAGGCACUGAAGCUCGGACCCAAGGAGGCCCUGAAGCGUGGCCCCCAUGAAUCUGUCGGACACAACGCGACGUCUUGUAGAUUGCUGAACGAGGUCAGAAAAACAUAGACGUUAAUUUUGUUCAGUUGAAUGUUGAAUUAAGACGUUGAUACUAACAGGCUAAUGGGUAAAGUCAAAAACAUUGGCUAAGUUUCAACAUAGUUACUGAGUAAGUCAGCCUAUAAUGACUAAAUAUUAGGGGAGACUUUGCCACUGACUAAAUAGGAUUAGUUUUGUUUACUGACUAAAUAGGUGAGAUAAUUUUACUGACUAAACAGGUUUAGAUUAGAAAAUUUACUGACUAAAUAGGUGAUAUUGUUUACUGACUAAAUAGGUGAGAUUGUUAACUGACAAAAUAGGUAAGGUUGUUAACUGACUAAAUAGGUGAGAUUGUUAACUGAAUAAAUAAGUGAGAUUGUUAACUGACUAAAUAGGUGAUAUUUUUAACUGACUAAAUAGGUGAGAUUGUUACCUGAAUAAAUAAGUGAGAUUGUUAACUGACUAAAUAGGUGAGAUUGUUAACUGAAUAAAUAUGUGUGAUUUGUUAACUGAAUAAAUAGGUGAGAUUGUAAACUGAAUAAAUCAGUGAGAUUGUUAACUGACUAAAUCAGUGAGAUUGUUAACUGACUAAAUAGGUGAGAUUGUUAACUGAAUAAAUAAGUGAGAUUGUUAACUGACUAAAUAGGUGAGAUUAUGUAGCUGACUAAUAAGGUGAGAUUGUUAACUGACUAAAUAGGUGAGAUUGUUAACUGAAUAAAUAAGUGAGAUUGUUAACUGACUAAAUAGGUGAGAUUAUGUAGCUGACUAAAUCAGUGAGAUUAAGUAGCUGACUAAAUCAGUGAGAUUAUGUAGCUGACGAAAUCAGUGAGAUUAAGUAGCUGACUAAAUCAGUGAGAUUAUGUAGCUGACGAAAUCAGUUAGAUUAAGCGGCUGACUUAAUCAGUGAGAUUAUGUAACUGACUAAAUCAGUGAGAUUAUGUAGCUGACCAAAUCAGUGAGAUUAAGUAGCUGACUAAAUAUUAUGGGAAGAUCUUCAUUCAUGAACAUGGCUCCUGGACAAGGGGAACAUUUCAUAGCCCAGGGGUGGCCAAAACAAAAGACCUCGCAGGCCACUUUGAUAGCAAGCCACUUUGAUAGCAGGCCACUUUGAUAGCAGGCCACUUUGAUAGCGCAUGACUUUUAAUGUUACACAAAAUAUUAAAAUAAAAAUAGAAAUGUUAAACUAUUCCUAAUGCACAUAACGAAAUGCUAAAUAACAGAAAGGAGCCAAACUCAUUUGACGUCAUUCAUCUUUUUUCUCACAUCUCCUUAAAACUGAUUUCUUUGUCGAUUUGACAAAUAAGCUUAUUUGAGAUUAUUCAGGCUGCAAUAUAUGAUAUUGGCCAGCCCUUUUCUAGCCAGUUUUCUAGCCAGUCCCUGGCAUUUUUUCUCAUUUUUUCUGUCUUAUGUGAUAGGUUUUUUGAAAACAUGAAUCGAAUGAGUACACAACUUUAAUGUAGCUUUAAUUAAAUAUUUUUUAAUACCUUUCACAAGAACACUUAAAGUAAUACAAAAAAAAGCUACAUUAAAUAUGGUUAAUAAUAAAUUUAUGAAUGACCUAACAUCAUAGUCACUUAUAGAUACCAUAUAUCCAUUGGUAUGCCUGUCCUGUGCCCUAGUUUAAACUCAAAGGCAGGACUCGUGGUCUCUGACCAAGUUACCUGUUUUGUUUAAUACACCCGGUUAUAUGUAGUAAUAUUCCCUGAGCAUGAUAAAACAAUAGUGUUAGAAAAUAGAAUGACUAAAACAAUUAAUUAUUCUUGGCAAUGUAAAUUCCAGAGAAAAAUCUACAUGUGUCUUGAACAACAGUUUUCAACAUCAAACUCUAACAUCUUUCAAGUAGCAGAAAUCUAAUCAUGCCACAUCUAAUCUCCCCACAUAUAAUCUCUAUAUAUCUAAUCUCCCCACAUCUCAUCUCCCCACUUCUCAUCUCUCUACAUCUCAUCUCCCCACAUCUUAUCUCUCCACAUCUAAGCUCCUCACAUCUAAUCUCCCCCCAACAUGUCCUCAGUUGGCCUUUGGUGCAGCUUUCAGCAAUAGCACCUCACAAGCUCAGGAGAGAUACAAAGCCCACGGCCGACCCAUCCUGUUUGAGGAUGAUGUGGUUUACAGCAACGGCUUCACGUGGACCAACACACCUCUCAAGAUGACAGAGGACGAUGCGGGUCUCCACGUGCAGUCCAUCGCCCUGAACAUCCCUGUCCACAGCAUCAUCUACCCUGGCAACUUCUACUGUAAACUCUUGUCUCCGUACAGAGCCAUGGAGUGGAUCAACGUCGACUCACUCAGGGCUCACAAACCUUCCAGGUCGUUCUGGUCGUUGCUGGGCUUACUGAACUCCUAGGAACUAAACACACCGGGUGAAAUGGACAGUUUACAUCAAGACAUAGACAGUUCACAUCAAGACAUAGACAGUUCACAUCAAGACAUAGACAGUUCACAUCAAGACAUAGACAGUUCACAUCAAGACAUAGACAGUUCACAUCAAGACAUAGA